UGGUAACCGCCUCGCCCUCAGAAACCGUACGUCAGUCUGCAAUGGCGAAUUCGAAGAACGCCCUGCUGCUGCUGCUGCCAAUAAUCGUACUACUCCUCAGCGCCUCCAAAUCCAAUUGCUUGCAGUUGCAGCACAUCGUCGGAGACUCCAUCUGGACGAUUCCAGCCGUCGCCGAUUUCUACGCCAACUGGUCUUCCUCCAACUCUGAUUCAUUCCACGCCGGAGAUACUCUCUAUUUCGACUUCGCGUCGGGGCUCUACAACGUGAUUCAGGUGUCUCGAGGCGAUUUUGAUCAGUGCAGCGGAGAUCAAUUAGCGUUCGCGGCAUUCAUGGAAGGUCCGGUGGUGUUUCCGCUCUCCGGAGAAGGCGUGAUGUACUUCGUCUCCAAUGUCUCCAACUAUUGCUCUUUGGGAAUGAAGAGAUGUCUACUUAGCACCCAUGUAACAAGCCGGAGCAUAUGUGUGCGACAGGUAAGCACUAUUUGUUUAGUUAUCGAAGUUGAUGUUUUGUUGGUGAUCUCUUGCUGCGUUAAUGCUGCCAACUUUUCAGCUUCUUCUCCCACUCCUGCAUCACUUAAUCCCAACACUCAUUGGUAUUGA